CGACUUAGAACAAUAUAAAUACGACCCUUAGUACCCAAUACAGUUUCAAACUUAUCAAUUAUAUAUAGCUGAAAGGUUCUCUGUUGUGCAGAGUUUCUCUAUUGAGAGUGUUGCUAUGGAUGUAGAAGUUGACGGUCAUGAUACCACUAACAAAGUGGGAAAUGAAAAAGACAGAGAGGAAGAAUUAGAUGCUUAUACUGAACCUGGAUAUGAAAGACUGGAUAUAGAUUCAAUACAUAACAUAUUUCUCACAGGAAUGGCUACUUUCAACAUUAAUGACGACGACAUCGUCGAUAUUUACCGCACCUCGAGCAUCUCAAUGCAAGCGCGAUUCGAGUUAUUCCAGAAGCAAGUUGAUAUCACAAGAGUAAUUCACGGGGAUGCUAAUGUUCGAUAUGGUUGGCUUGCAUGUUCUAAAGAGGAUCUAUCUACGAUGAUGGCGCAUGGGCUUGGUCACAAUGCGCUUUCAUCGUUUAACUGCUUAUACGGCUUUGGUAUUCAUCUUACAUCUAUUACUCAUCCUUAUGCCUGUGUCUCUUAUUGUGAUGUUGAUGAAAAUGGGGUUAAGCACUUGGUCCUUUGUCGUGUCGUAAUGGGGAAAACGGAGCUUCUUCGUCGUGGCAAUAAUCAGAUUCGUCCUAGUGGUUGCGAAUAUGAUAAUGGAGUUGAUGACAUUCAAAGCCCGAAAUACUAUGUGGUUUGGAAUAUGAAUAUCAACACUCAUAUUCAUCCGGAAUUUGUUGUUAGCUUCAAGGCUCCUUUGGAUGCUGAAGGUGAUGUACUAGAAAAUUUGGUUUUUGAGAUGCCUCAGGUAAAUGCUGCUGGUUUGCUGACUAACACGCGAAGAGUUCCAAGAUCACCAUGGCUGCCAUUUCCGAUGUUAUUUGCAGCUAUAAGAAGCAGGAUUUCUCCAAAACAGAUGCUUCUUAUAAAGGCACAUUAUAUAGAACUGAUGGCAAAGAAAAAUUCCCAUGAUGAUUUCGUGAUGAAGCUGCGAUUGAUUGUUGGAGACAAUAUACUAAGAUCUGUAGUAACUAAUCUUGAAUACAAGGGACCAUGAAAUGAUGAUCCAAAUGUCGUAACUAAGAAUUUAUAACAUUAUAUGACAUUACUAUGCAAAACUCUCCUAUUUGAUAGGUUGAAGUAUAUCUGUUAAAGCGUUAGACACAACAUCCUAUGUAAAAUGGCAAUGUAUUAUUUGACCGGUUUAAGUUUUAAAUUAUGGAUAUGUGUUCAAAUAUAUUACUAGUUGUUUGACGAA